AUGCCACCUUAUACAACAACAUUAGUGGAAGAAAAGGAAAUAUUUCAGAAAAAUGAAGAACAAGAGUGUACUUUCGGACGUGAAAAAUAUAAGUUUCUUAUUUGGGAAUUCGAGACACGUAUAAUAUGGACAAAUGUGAUACUCAUUGGUCUGUUUCAUUUUAUAGCUCUUUAUUCAUUCCUGACACAUUCAUAUUUCGAGAAACCAGGAAUCGUCAUAUACGCGACAGUAAUCGGAAGCAUAUGUGGAUUUGGUAUUACAGGCGGAAUACAUAGAUAUUUUACACACCGAUCGUAUAAAGCAAAAUUACCACUGAAGUUAAUUCUGAUUUUCUGCUUUUCAAUGUCAGGGCAGAACAGCAUUUUAGAAUGGGUCCGUGACCACAGGGUGCACCACAAAUUUAGCGAAACUGACGCAGAUCCACACGACUCCCGUAGAGGAUUCUUCUUUGCCCAUGUUGGUUGGUUGAUGAUGAAAAAACGCACAGAAGUGAUAAAGAAAGGUCGACAAAUAGACUACAGCGAUCUAUUAGAAGAUCCAUUAGUUGCGUUCCAUGAAAGGCAUUUUAUGUGGUUUAAACUAAUUUGUUGCUUCAUUCUACCAACAAUAAUCCCUCCAUUGGCAUGGGGAGAGUCAUGGAUUGUAUCCAUAAAGGCAUUAGUGUUCGCAAGAUAUGUGAUGCAACUAAACUACACUUGGCUCGUUAAUAGUGCUGCUCACAUAUAUGGAAAUAAACCAUAUGACAUCAAGAUUUGCCCAUCGGAAAAUUUGGCAGUUUCAUUCGUGAGCAUGGGAGAAGGGUAUCAUAAUUACCAUCACACGUUCCCUUGGGACUACCGAGCAGCAGAAGUGGGUUCAUAUCUUAACGUGACUACACUUGUCCUAAAUCUUUUCGAAAAAAUUGGCUGGGCUUAUGACAUGAAAUCGACGCCUCAAGAACUCAUCAGAAAGAUGGUGGAAAAUAAUGGAGACGGAAGUCACUACAAAUGGGGACAUGAGAUAACGCAAGACAAAGCGAAAGUUUUAAUGAAGGAGUUGUAGAGACUCGCCAAACUUCCACGUCCACUAUAAAUGUUAUUAAAAUAAAUGGUUAUUAAGUGUUGGUUCUUUUUCGUGUAAUUUUUAUAUACUUUUAUAUAUAUUGAAGCAAACGGUACUUGUUGUAAAUGUUAUUAAAAUACUAAGGGAGUACGAUGUCCCAAAAUUUAAAAACGUA